AGAUACGCAGGAUGCUUUGUUGGAUGUGACACCCGAAGCACAAUUUUUCAGUUGGAAGCAGUCAUAGCUUGGGUUUACUUACAUUUUUCCAUUUGUGCGUCUCGCUUUAAUUUUUCAUCACUAUCGUCUUCGUUUUUCAGCUGUUUAUUUGAAUUUUAUCGUGGUAAACAAUACUUUUACUAAGAUGGUUAACACAGAGCGUGGGAUUUUGCCCGGCAUGCGACGAAUCCUGCGCUUUUGUGCUUUCGGUGUGGGGAUCAUUGGCCGGACCAGAUGCAGGUCCCUCGCGGACACCUCAAGCGGUAGCGGGACAGAAUCCACUACAGCGGGACCGGAUGCGCUUUCGAGCGGUCGAACCGACGAAGACCACAGCUACAUAGCGAGCGAGUUCUUGAAUGACCGGGAGAAGCAGCUCGGGAAAAAUGGCCCUAAACAGGUAGAAGAUCAAAGCCAAAUCAUGGAACACACAGCAGCAGCGACGGACACUUGGUCCCGCGAGAGCUGCACAAAAUGCCUGCAAAACUGCAUCAAGUUUCACGGGGCGAAGGGAUACUGCACCAAAUUUCAGUGCUACAUGCAUGAGCGUAGCUGCAAGAUGCCGUUGGCCGAGAGGGAAAAAACUUACGACGACAUUUUCGCUACCGCUGGGUCUGCGCCGCUAGGGUCGCGGACUAAUCAGCAGAAAGAUUCAGACGAUUCUCUAUCACCUACUUCUGGCACCAGUACUAGCGGGUCCGGCUUUUCACAGCUAUCGUUUUUGUCCUCACGAGGUGGCAAGACGAUCAGGGAACCACUACGAGCCAGUGCGCCUAUGAAUGCGAGAGAAACAGUGCGAGGCGAAAAACAACAAGAUUCUGAAAAUGCAGGCAGUCCUCACAGAACAAGGAAGGGGCGUGCCGCACCUGAGCGGCACCGAAAAAGUGGCGUCUCUUUUUUGAGCAAAAGGAAAACAAAGUGUGCAGAUGACACUUCAGCACCCCCGUCCCUGCCGUUAGCGUUUGGCGUGCUUGCGGAAGAAGGCGGUACAGGUUCUGGGGUUCCACCGGGCCUUGUCGGGAUGACGCCAGGCGGCCAGGUGCAGGAUGUAGGCGUUGCAUUGGAUGGGCAGACGCAGACCUCGACAACCACCACGCCGCCUCGGGUAGUGGACAAAAACGCGUUGUGCACCGGGCAGAGGAUCGAGGGUGCAGCCAACGCUCCCUGUCGGAUCGACGUCGGGGUCUGCGUCACCUUGAAACAGGGCGACACGUUCGACAAGUGCAAGAAUGACGCGAUCGACAUUGCGGGCCUACUGGAGAUUGAGUCCGGGGUGACUGUGGAAGCGUCGUCGAUAAAUGUCGCGGCCAGUGGCGUCCUGCUUGCGGGCACGGACGAGCAAAAUUCCGUCUCCGACGUGAAGAUCAUCCUCAACCACGAUUUUUGCGGCUUCGACCCGAAUCCUCGUCCGGACGCGUGUUUGCAAAAGGGAAACUUGAUCAGCGACGGCGGCAUCGUAAAGUUGUACGGGAAGCCGAAGACCUCCUGGUCGUUGCUGGUCGAGGACGCCGCUGCGGGGGCGACGACCGCAACCGUUUUGGAGUGCGCCAAUUGGAAAGAGGGGGACUCGCUGAUCUUCGGCGCCACCGGUGGCGAGCAUUUGGGCCCGGGCGCGCGCAACCAGGGCGAGGACAGCGAGAGCGAAAAGCGAACGCUGACCAAAGUCGACCGCGUUACGAACGGACCCGAGAUCUGCUGGAGCCAGAAGGGGCGCGGGAGGGACGAAACGCCGCAGUGUUCCACGACGUACUGCAAAAUUGCAUUCGAUCAGGGGCUGAACCGAUUGAAGCGCGGCAAGUGGAUUCUCGAUUUGGUCCCCUUGCAGUCGGAGGUCGGGAACCUGUCCCGCGACCUCCUGAUCACCGGGCCGUACCACUGGUACACGGGUGGUGACUCGAACAAGGGUGCGCAGGGACUGACCACCAUGCAGAUGGCGAGUUCGGGGUCGAGCCCAGGAGGUGUGAUGGAGAUCUCGCACACGCGCGUCGAAAACUGUGGGCGGCGGUACCGCGGCGACUACUGCCUGCAUUUCCACAAGGUCGGCGACUGCCCGGGGUGCCGCUUCGUCGGCAACGUGGUCGAGGCGGGCACCGGGAAGGGCAUCACCAUCCACGGAACGCAAAACGCACUUGUGCAUGGGAACAUCGUCGUAAACGUGAAGGGCGUUUCGGUGUACGUCGAGGAUGGGAACGAGAAAAUGAACCUGAUCCGCAACAACCUGCUGAUCUGCACGUGGAAGGCCACUUGUGGCCUGGACAAAGGCGGGAACGUGCCCGAGACGGUGGAUAGUGACUUUAAGGAGCAAUCCGCGAUGUACCUCGUUUCCCCAACGCAGCACAUCAUCGGCAACCACAUCGUGGGCCACGAGAACGCCUUCUACGCCAACAACCAGGGCGGUCCGGGCGGCUUCGGCAUCGACGCCGCGCAGGGCAAAAUCUGCCAGCAAAAUCUCCCGUUCGCGCGCUUCGAAAACAACAGUUUCCACAACAAUAACGGAUUCGGUUGGUACGGCACGAACAACCACUGGCCGCGGAGGGUGGAGACGGAUGCAAACGGGUUCGUGUCCAAUUGGGGAAGUUGCCUGCCCUUCGACCGCGAGGGCAACGACCAGGGCAGCCCCAUUCUCGUCCUGAACCACUUGGAAGCCUUCCAGGAUUUCGGUGCGGGCUCUUACAGUAUGGGGGACAUUGCGUUCGAGAAUUUCGUGGCGUUUGGGAAUCUGAAGGGGUUCUACUGGAAAACCUACCGGCGGGGGCUGGGUGUGGCGCCCUUCUGCAAGAACUGCGUGUUCAUGGCCAACAACCAGCAGAUGGAGGGUCCGGGCGGCAGCGGGCAUCUGGAAUUCCCGGGGUCGCGGUUCUACUCCUCCGCUGAGGACAACCAGUGGAACGACAUGACCGUGUCUUUCAAUCACCACUGCAACCUCAACGAUCCCGAAGACACGGGCGGGAUGUGCGCGAGCCACUUCGACUAUCGGGGGGCGGAAUUCUAUGGCGCGCCCACCGGGGCGGCUUUGAGCACGUUCAGUAGCCCCUGGGUGAAGUGGUGGUCGCAGCACCCGCGGGACCGCGGGAGAUCGGACGCGCUGAUUCUGCUGAAGGACAAGUUUUUGAUGAACCAGGACGCGGCGCGGGUGUUCGACAUAUCAAAUGCAAAAAUGUCUGGGUCUGGAAGAAUGCAAGUUUGUCAUGCUUGUCUGACAUGACUCUUGAAUCUGUCAUGCACAUUACCCAAGAGCCGCACUUUUCUGUGAUGCAGAAACGUAGUUUGUCAUGCAGAAUAGGCAACACCUAGAAGCUUAGAAACUUGUCACGCUGAGCCAGCACUUGUGGCCUCCUCAUGAUACGCCACCCAGCAUCACAAGUUUCCAGACCCAGACAUUUUUGCAUUUGAUACGACACGAGCGGAUGCAAAACCGAGGGCGAUUUCCACGAAUGUCCGGCCGAGUUAGAGCUCCGGAUCGUCCGGAUCUACACCCCGAAUCGGGGCACUUUGAAAGUGAAGAACGGGGGCGGUUCUGGGGACACCAGUUCGUCUUUGGGGUCAUCUGGGGACAAGCAGUACGACGUUCCGUUCUGGGGCAACAGCAAGGGGUGGUCCGGCGGGAUCAUCACCCCGGGUUGCAACAACGACGCCGGCGGCUGCCAGCACAUGGUGCGACCGCAGGGCUACACCUUUCUCGUGCAGAAGGACGCGAACCUGGAGCUGUGGUUUGAGGGCGGCGCGAACCUGGAGGGCCGGGACGACGUCUUUGUCCUGGAGUACAGCGAGCCGACGUUGGAGCCAAGGACGCAAAUCAGCGUCACGCUGCAAGAGGGGAACGGGAUCUCCGCCGCGAUGGCAGGCCGGUGCGACAUUUCGUCGGAUCACUCGCGGUCGCUGAUCUCUGCGAUGGGACCGAUUAACGCCGCGGCCGGUGCGUGGUGGGAGUGUAAAAAGUACCCGGUUGGCGUAGAUUACAAAACGCAGUUUUACGACAAAGCGGUAGAGAAACUCAAAACCAUGCGGUAACGGUUUUUAUACAUGCAUACGUACACGCAAAGUAAACCAAAAAUUUGAAUUUUAAUCAUUUGACGCGAACAAAGUACUUUCUUACUACCCCCCUUCAUUUUGUCGCACAGCAGCAAAUCCUAAAUUACAGUCCCAUUUGCGC